UGGAAAUAAAACUUAAAAAGUCCCUACCUCCACUUAUUGUCUCCAUCUUAUCCUCUCUCUUGUGUCCUUUGUUACACCAACUGUCUUCAUGUCUUCCAUAUGUGUAGAAUAUGUGCUCAAUAUUUUGCAGUCAGUCUUUUGUGGCUAUAGAUAACAGCUCAUUAUCAGUUUUGUUUGUGAAUGUUUAGAACAGCUCACUAUUUGGCAGCCAAUCUGUUGCUGGAUACAACGAGAAUAGUUCAUUAUUUGGCAUUCAGUCUGUUGGUAUAGAGAAUAGCUCAUUUUUUGGCAGUUUGUGAAUGUUUUAACAGCUCAUUAUUUGGCAGUCAGUCUGUUGGUAUAGAGAAAAGGCCAUUAUUUGGCAGUCAACCCAUUGGCACAUAUAUAGAAUAGCUCAUUAUUUGACUGCCAAUCUGUUGCUAGAUAUAAAGAAAAUAAUUCAUUAUUUGGCAGUCAGUCUUGGUAUAAAGAAUAUCUCAUUAUUUGGCAGUUUGUGAAUGUUUAGAGCAGCUCAUUAUUUGGCAGUCAUUCUGUUGCUGGAUUUAUAGAACAGCUCACUAUUUGGCAGUCGGUUUCUUUGCGAAUACAACAUCUUAUGAAUUGGUAGUAAGUCUGGGGUGAUAUAUAAAUAGCUCAUUAUUUGGCAGUCAGUCUCUUCUUUUGGUUUUUCUCUUCUGUUCAUUCUGUCCUCUCAUCUGUCUUUUCUGGCAAAGCUCAGAUGUAGAAGAAGAGACAGAAAAUUAGAAGGCAGUGAUGCUUGUUUUACAGGGUUAGCUGCCUGAAAACAAGAAUGAAAAAUAAUUCUUAUCUGCCUUUGAUCUAUCGUAGAUUAGAAGACAAAAGUCGAUGUCCUGAUGUCACGAAAAGUUCAUUCACGUUGCAUUUUCUGCAGCAAAUGUAAAUAAUCUGUGAAGUUCAGCACAAGAAUGGAGUCACAGCAGCAAGAAGAGCUGUUUAAACGACUGCUGCUGCAGACGGUGGGAAAAACGCUGACUGUAAAUCCUGACGCCAAACUCAUCCGCCCCCAACCUGGCAUGUGUGUGAAGACCGUCUCUGAGCCAGACAGACACAAGGUUUUCGUCAACAUAUGUCAGUCAAACUCAAUCCCGUCACCUCCACAACUGUCCAAAGAGAAGCUCGUGGAGCUGCUCCAGUCAGAGGACACCAGCAGCUACAGAGUUCCCAUGAGCCUCGGCGAGCCUCACACAGAGGUAGACAACAGGUCUCAGGGUUGCACGGCCUACGACGUGGUCGUCAACCAGGGGUUCUUCCAGCGCUGCCAGGAGGAGCCACUCCUCCAGGAGUUUGUUGUCCUGGUGUCAUUUCAGGGUCUGGAGAACAAAUACAACGUAGAGCUGAGCAGAAAGUGGAAGCUCCUGAAGAACCGGAAGGUUUUCGGAUCUGUGAGUGAGCAGAACAUCCGCACGAAGAGCAAGCCGGUGAUACAGGAGCUGCAGCCUCAAGAGUGCUCCACGGCUACGGCCAAAACACCAGACUUCUCUUUGCUUGUGGAGCCUCCUGCUGGCGACCCAGAGUACCUCGUUGCUGAAAUAAAGCUUCCUGGAGUUCUAUCGUCUCGCUCUCUGGUCCUAGACGUUGGAGAAGACCGGCUGGUGUUGACAGCGCGGCCCUCGCUCUUCCAUCUCAACGUCUUCCACCUGUUCCUCGUCGAUCAGGAGAACAGCGUGGCUCAGUUCAACAAGAGCACAGAGAUCCUCACAGUCGCGAUGCCAGUGGUGUCUUCACAAUGUUAAGGAGGUUCCUCUUCUGUUCUUCUUUCAGCUUCGACCUCCACAACAUCCAUAAACCUUCUUCUCUGUGGUCUUCCUCCUCUUUUCCUCCAGCUUGGCAGCUCCAUCUUCAACAUGCUUUGUCCAAUAUCCUCACUAUCCCUCUGGAGGUCAGAACUAGAAGUUCUUCUUUUGGCUUCUCCCUUUAGUGUCGCAACAAGUCCACGAAUAAAAAUGAAACAGAAGUAUGUUCACGAGAGUGAAACAAACAUGACAGAAGAGAAGUUAACGGUGUUUCUUUGGUGACAGCCAUGUUGGGGUUGAUUAAGGUUGUUCCAGGCUGGAAAUCCGACUUGACGUGGAACGCCCACUCCAGUUGGAUUUCCGACUUCUGACUUCAACUGGAAUGCAACAUACUUGACAGGGACUGAGCACAGAAAAAAAGUGAUUUUCAAGAAAUUAAAAUAAGCUUUGUUUCUGGGAAAGUUUUUUGGUUUUUUUUUGCCGAAAAAGAAAAAUAAUCCCAGAAUUUAAUUUUAAGAAAGAAUUUACCAUUAACAAUUUGAAACAAUGGUUUGAAUGGUUUGGUUUUGAGCUUAAUCCAGUAAAGGAAGACUUAUUUUACUGGUUUUGGGCCUGUUUUUCCUUGUUUUAGGGCAAAUAAAGUCUGAGAGUAGCUACAUUUUUGAUGAAUUGUAUUCUGUCAUCUGCCUUUGAUGUGUCCAUGUGCACAGAUCAAAGACCGCAAAGGUCAUGAGGAUGCUGACGUGAGUAAAUACUCAAGAGUCCAAUUCGGAAGCGACAUUGCGCGUAUUGAAUGUUUUAAAGGUGCGUUGUCAUAGUGAUGUGUGAAGCUCGACACGCGAGGCACAAUGCGCUCCGUGUUUUGGUAUUUCAGUGAGACAGCAAACAGAGGGCGGAGUCACCACCCAAAGAAAAAGAAUGGCCGCAAAUACGACUCGUGUCUGGAUGCCCGCGUCCAGGACUACAUCCAGGACUUCAAGACCAACAUCGAGCAAAACCUCGAAUCGACCAAAAUGCAGAUUUUAAUGGAGCGUAACGCGUCGGUGAGGGCCUGUCUGAAGGCCAACGUCGAGACCCUGGGCGCCGUCCUCGAUCUGCUCCACGGUAAACGCGAGGAAGACCCGCCCACUGUCACGAGGCUCAGGGAGGAGAUCGCCGAACUCAAAGAGAGGCUUCAGGAGUCGCAGGACAUGCGCAGGAGGAACGCCGAAAGCCUUUACGUGCACAAAAAAAUGAGCAUGGACUUCAAGUGCCAGCUGAACAAGGCUUACAAAACGCAGAGCAGGACCGAGAGAGAGGCGGAGCGAAGGGAGCAGGAGCUUCUCAACCAGCUGAUGGAGGCUCAGCAGGCCUUUGACGCCAGGCUGAGUCAUGAGGUGUCCGUCAACGCGGACCUCAGGCGGCAGCUGACGGACACCCACAAACAGCUGCAGCAGCAGAGGCAAGAGAACAUCCACAGUGUGGGGGACUCUAUGGGGGUGAAAACCGCGGAAAAAACGGAAAAACGGGAGGAUAUCGCAGACACCGAGGCGAAGAAAGAGACGACGCAGAUGGAGCAGAAGCUGACGAAGCACCUCGAGGAGCUGAACAGAAGUAUAAACAAGGGCAGGAAGGGGAGCUUCACUAAUUUAUUUUCACGAGUAAGGAGUGUUGUGAGUCGGUUCUGUCCAUAGCUUGUUGUUGCUUUGGCAACCUCCACUCUAGUUAGAACUCGGAAUUGUUAGGAUUCCAAGAUGUCUGCUACCCUUGCUAUUAGCGUCAGUAUCACUUGUGUUGUAUUUGUGUCACAGUGAAUCAGUCGUUCACAUAGUACUCACUUUGUGUGCGUCAGAUUCCCUGUUAUGGACUGGGUUAUCCAACAAUAGCGAGCUUUGCACCUUUGCAUACUGUUUAUGUUCAGUACUUCUCUCUGGACCUCAGUGAACUUGGACGUGACGUCACUCCCAGGUCCACACACUGCCAUCAUCAGGAGUUAGAAAACUCGUACACUACCAAUGUCCCAUGAGUCUUCCAGAGAUGGAAGAUCAGCUAGAUCUAGAGAUGUGUAGCAGCUUGAGCAGAGAAGAGUUCCUUCUCCCCGGCCACUUCGUCCAGCUCUUCCGGGGGGAUCCCGAGGCGUUCCCAGGCCAACUGAGAGACAGACUCUAUAGCGAGUCCCGGGGCCUCCUCCCAGUGGGAUGGACUCAUAAGGAGGCCUCCUGACCAGGUGCCCGAACCACAUCACCUGGCUCGAGACGGAGGAGCAGUGGCUCUACUCUGAGCCUCUCCUGGAUGACAAGCCCAGACCCUGAUGAGGAAACCCAACGUAGAUCGACCGGUAAAUCGAAAUCCUUCUUCACCAUGACAGACCGAUCCCUCCGUCGACCUCCCGCUCCAUUCUUCCCUCACCUGCAAAGUUCUUUUUUUUUACUCCCACUAAAAACAAGACGUUUGAGAAGGUUCUCAUGUCCAGGUUUGACAAACACUGAUCGACAUUUUAUGAACCAAACAACUAAUCAACAGUAUAAUCGAUGAUGAAAAUACAGUAAUUGUAAGUUACAGCAAUACUUACAACACUUGAUUGUUUCCAAGGUCAAACCCAAGCACUUUCAAGGUCAUAUUUUCACACUUUUCCAGCACCUUAAACCUUGAAAAGCUUGAAAAGUGACUAUGUUCGACUACUACAAAUAAAAUAUUCUUAAGAUGA